UCGGGAUAUACUCAUGUUCCAUUCCAUGUGCCUUCCCACAUGAGAUUGCCAGACACCACUCCUUCGCUUGCCUUCCCUUCCAACGCCGCCCAACUCAUCUCACCCUGCUUUCCCGCACCAUCAUCCUCCUACGCAACCUUAUUUCUCCCUACAUUAUUCCCCAUAAACCUUCCAUCACGUCCUUUCUUUCCUUCUUUCCUCCAAAAUCCACUCCCAGUACCCAUUGCCCUCGGACUAUCGGACUCUAUCUCAUGGCAAUCCCGGAGAGUGCUAUGGACACCCAAACGCACCAAGUGGAGGAGAAGCAUGACUACUCGGUGUGGGCGGUGCCGCCGGACGACGUUGCAGCCAGGCUCAAGAAGCUGAUGGAGGACCUCCGGUCCGAGUUCGGUGGGCCACAGUUCGAGCCCCACAUCACCGUCGUCGGAGCCAUCAGUUUGACGGCGGGCGAUGCGCUUAGCAGGUUCAGGUCAGCGUGCGAUGGCCUCAAGGCCUACACUGCCACCGUUGAUCGUGUGGCCACGGGGACCUUCUCCUCUCAGUGUUUAUACGUCCUCAUUCAUCCAACGACUCAGGUGGUGGAAACUAGCGCGCACUGCUCUGGCCAUUUUGGAUACAAGAGGUCGACUCCUUACAUGCCACAUCUGAGCCUCCUCUAUGGGGAUCUGACCGAUGAUGAGAAGAGCAGAGCUCAAGAAAAAGCCAGUAUUCUUGAUGAAAGCAUUAGCAGCCUGAGCUUCCCAGUAAGUCGCCUUGCAUUAUACAAAACAGACACCGAAGACAAAUCUCUCAAAUCCUGGGAGAAAAUUGCCGAAUACAGCCUUAGCCCAAAUUAGCUUUAUGUCUUGUGUUUGUAACAAGUGUAGUGGAGUGCCUCUGCCUCUUCGUUAGUUUGUAAUAAUGACAAUUGCCCCAUUGCCAUUGAGCUGGUGUUAUUAUGCCUCUUCCCAUAUGGUCAAGUAGGCAAUAACUCAGUGCCUUCUGUAUUGGGGCAACUAGCAACGUACAGGUAACAUUGACAGAGAGCAAUGUUGCUCAGGGUUUACGUGUGCCAGUGGGCAAAGCUUACAAGAUGAGAUUUUGCCCCUUGACAUGGGCCCCCAUGUGGUUGUUUAUUCGACCCAUCAAAGCUAAGUGAGAAGGUUUUAAAAAAAAAAAUGUCAAACCUAGAUCAGAUAUUUUCCUAUUCCUUACCAUCCUCCCUUAGAAGUUGGAGCUUGUGGCCAAGAUGUCGGCUAAAAAGCUCAUCCUUGUUGAUGAUAUUGAUGACUUUUUAACAACAACCAUCACGAGGUGUAAAAUGAUAUAAAAUCUGUGUUCACUUGUCAA